AGGACCAUUCGCAGAUCGCUCAUCGGUAUGAACACAUAAGGAGCAUUAACCACCGAAACCCGAAUCUGUUUUGCACUAACAAUGGUCGAUUUGUUGUCGUUUUUCACUGACCCUGAUGUGCUUGAAACCAGGCUGAGAAAAAUGGCCCCCACAGCUAAUUUUCUUAGUCAACCGACGAACAACACUCACGGGGGGAUAGACACCAUGAAUUGUCGGUUUUCCACCACGAAUUGGAUGCAAUUGGCGCACCAAGCUGAGCCUUUUCAGCCCAAACUCCUGUCUCCGACGUGGAGUACUUACAUCUCGCCCUGUAUAAACUUCAGUCCGUCGCAGGAUACGCUUUCCCUGAGCGAUCUUACUGAGCAAUUUGCUGAUCUCGUGUUGGAUAAACGCACUUUGAAAAGGCCACCAGCGUCGUAUAUGUGCCACUUAUGCUUCCAGAAAGGACACUACAUUAAAGAUUGUCCCAAGGCGCGUCCUAAAGGAGAAGGCAAGACCCCCUACCAAGGCCGGAAGCGCUGUUUUGGCGAAUUUAAAUGUCCCAAAUGCAAAAGGAAGUGGAUGAGUGGGAAUUCGUGGGCGAAUAUCGGACAAGAUUGCAUCAAGUGCCAAAUAAACGUUUAUCCGCAUAAACAGAGACCGUUGGAAAAGCCGGACGGAUUGGACGUUUCUGACCAGUCGAAGGUGCAUCCUCAGCACUUGUGCCAGAAAUGCCGCGAAUUAGGGUUUUACUGCAGGAGAGUGCAGUAAAGUGAUUUUUUCUUAUGUUUUUUUAAAUUUUUUGUUAAGAGUUUUUAUUCUUUUUAUAUUUUUUUAAUUAAGUGUUUUGUUUUGCCGUUACCUGUCUUGUUUGAUAAGUAUAUUUUUGUCAUUUAUUAAGUAUUAUGUUUGUGAUUAUUUGGCAGCUUAAUGCGAGUUGUUUUUUCUUGUCAGAUGUUAAUAUUGGGAAACAACGCUAUUUUUUUAUAGACUUUAUGCGACAGAUUGUAAGAAUUGUUUACAGUGUAAACAAAAUAUACCAACUUUAUACAAUGAAUAGUUUUCAUUUCUACAAAUUCCUGUGUUUUAUCUGUAUAAAUUCGGUUUAAUUAUUAUGCACGAACCAUUUUUGUAUAUAGGUCUUUAAGUGUGCUCUAACAUUAAAUUAAGCACAACCUGAGCUAACAACCCCCACGAUUUUGUGUGCAACCCGUUUGUAAUAUCAAACCAAAAAUUGAAAUAAACGUCGUG